AUCACCCUUCUACGCUGUCGAGCAUGGCCAACCUCGCUUUUACUUGGAAAAGUCAAGGUCGACACGCUAAUGCUUUAGCUCUGAUGGAGGAUUGUACCCAGGCUCAGCGGCGGGUUCUUGGCCAAAAGCAUCCCGAAACGCUAUCGUCUUUAGCCACCGUUGCAAAGUGGAGUAGCUAGGGUGGGCUUUAUUAUAUUCUUCUAACUUUUUCUUAUGAGACGAGUGAUAAGAUAAGAGAUAAGACGCCGCAUUUUUAUUCGGUGCACUUCUAGAGCCCCAUUUUCGACUCCUGUAUACCCUCAUUUUCGGCCACUUUGAGUCUCAAGAGACAAGGCUUCCGAC